CUCAAAGGCAGUCUGGACAAGCAGAAGGUGCAAGCCUGGGCUCAGGGAGAGCUUCAGGUGUCCAGCUGGGAGCCAAGUGUGCUCUCCAGUUGCAGGUCAGAAGGUUGAGGAGCCGAAGAGGCAGGAUCAUGUGGCUGCCCCCAGCUCUGCUCCUUCUCAGCCUCCCAGGCUGUUUCUCUAUCCAAGGCCCAGAGUCCGUGAGAGGCCCAGAGAAGGGCUCCUUGACGGUGCACUGUCGCUAUAACCCAGGAUGGGAGACCUAUGUGAAGUGGUGGUGUCGAGGUGCAAAAUGGGACUCAUGUGACACCCUCAUUCGAACCAGAAAAUCAGAGCAAAAAGUGAUUCGAAACCGUGUGUCCCUCAUGGAUAAUCAAAGAGACCGCUUGAUCACGGUGACCAUGAAGGAGCUCAGGCGAGACGACCAAGACACCUACUGGUGUGGGAUUCAAAGGCCUGGAACUGACCUUGGGGCACCAAUUAAAGUGAUCAUUGACCCAGAGGGAACAGUCGGGACCGGCCUAGAAAACCUGCUGUCCAGGACAAAUUUCGACAGAGGGUUUUCUUCGGGCUCCAGGAUCAGGACCCACUACAUCCUCUUGGUAUUUGUGAAGGUGCCCAUAUUGCUCAUCUUGGUCGGUGCCAUCCUCUGGUUGAAGGGCCUGCCGAGGGCCCCCGAGGAGCAAUGGGAACAGCCUAUCUAUACGAACUUGUCCCCUGACCUGACCGCAGACACAGCCCCUUAGACGGAUGAGAAGACCCUUCCGACGCUGGACCCCAUUUCCAGAGGAGACAGGGGCUGUGGAAGGAACAUUUCUGAGUCCUCAGGGUGCAACGGCUGAGGCUGGGAGCCCUGUGCUCUGCACAGCUCAGGGACACGGCUCAGGCCCCUCCUGAGGUGACAUCACUGCCUGGAGUGCCAGCACCUGGUUCCCACUCCUUCAGGAAGAGAGCAGCUACCCCACCCCACUAGGGGUCAGGGCUUACGGUCAGGAGCUGUUGGGACGGAGCCCGAAUUCGGCAGCUGUGUCCCCACUGCCAAGUUGGGGACUGAAGCAGAGAGAGAAGCAGCAGGAAUGUCAGAGAAAGACAGAGAUGGGGCCCUGGCCACGCCCUGGUUUCUAUCCGUCCUGAGGCCAGCUCAACACUCUCUAUGCCUGAGCUUCUGAAACAUGUGUAAGCUUUCUGAAACCAUUUAUUCCUUAGCCAGUCAAGCUGGGUGUUGAUGGUUCUUGUCCAUGAAAGGCCUGACUGAAGUGCACACACACACACACACACACACCCUAAAGAGGGUGAUACUGUGUGAUGAGUUCCUGGUUCUGGGGCCUGAGAAGCUGGAUGUCCCCUCUGCCCAGAGAGGACACCGCUCUGAGUACACAAGGCUGAAGACGGACCAGGAGCCUCGCUGGGCCCAGCUGUAGAGCCGGCCUUCCUCCUUCUUCCUCCUCCUUCUUCCUCCCUCCCUCCCUCUUCCACUUCCAUUGUGGCUCCCACCUCUCAGGGCUGGGGCUUCUUAGGGGCCAUAGUUAGGAGUCUGACCCGAGCUUCUCCCCUCAGCACAACUGCUUGGGUCCCCCUUGGGGCUGCUGAGCCUCAGAAACUACCUCAAGGUCAGGGAGGGCGGUCAUAAAAACUGAGGAAAACGGUCUUGUCUCUUUUAAUUAAUGUUGCUUAAAUAAGGUGAAUUAAGCUGCCUGAGAGGGGCUGGCCGAGUGGCGCAUUGGUUAAGAGCUGGCUUAGGAUGCCAGCUGUGAGCAGCAGGGCCCCGGU